GGAGACUCCUGUCCGCAGCGGCGGGCGCUGCGCUCCGACCGGGGCAGCUGCGGGGCGUCUCGUGUUGUGGCUCAGCGGCCGCCGGGAGUCGGCGGCGGGAUGGGAUCGGCCGGGGAACUGCUGCGGAGCGGCGGCGGCGGCGACGAGGAUCGCGACGAGGACGGCGAGGCGCCAGCGGAGCGGGCGGCGGCGGGGACGGAGCGGGAGACCGGGGCGAGUCCGCGGCGGCGCGGGCGGCCGCAGGAGAGCGGCGAGCAGGCUAUUGAAGAUUCACAAAGCCACACUGGUGAGACUGGCGGAGAUGACUACAAAAAGAUGGGAACGCUUUUUGGUGAACUGAACAAAAACCUCCUCAGUAUGGGCUUCACAAGGAUGUACUUUGGAGAACGAAUUGUGGAACCCGUGAUAGUCAUCUUCUUUUGGCUUAUGCUGUGGUUCCUUGGCCUGCAAGCCCUCGGACUGGUUGCUGUUCUUUGCCUUGUCAUUAUUUAUGUGCAACAGUAGGACAUGGCUGAAUGAGUGGUUAGACAUUUGAAAGCCAUGUAUGUAAUUGAUAGAGUUACACAUUUUGGCUUUUUGAAAGCCAAAACAUUUGACUUGUUUUUGGUGUGUUCGCUGUUUUGUAACUCAAUUUAUAAGUGGAUAUUGUUUAAAAUUGAACCAAAUUCUUUGUUAUAACAAGGUUCAAUAUAUAUUUUGAAUAUAUAUUUUAUUCAAAACUCUUAUUUCACUACUGUGAUUUAUAUUCACUUUAGACAACUAUAUCCCCACUCCAAAUCUUAAAUAACAUCACCAACCAAUGAGCAGGGAAAAAUAAGUUGGAAUUCAAAUCAAGCAGUAUAGUUCUUACAGAGUUUUAAUAAAACAUUUUUUAAAAAAAGAAAAGCUAAAAAUAAGUUUUAAUUGAAAAACUGUUCUAAUCUCACUUCUAUCAAAUCCACAUUACUUGGGAAAUACUUGUCUUUCUAUUGUCCCUGGCUCAACCUGAACCAAGAUAAUUUAAGUUGUAAUUACUACAUACUACCUUAGUACUGUGGUAAGUAUGAAUAAAGCUAGCACAUUACUAGAGAUUGAAAGGAGUAUAUUUAUUGCUGGGGGAAGUUCUCAGGUUAAAUUUUCUAUAAUGGCAUACUCAGGCCUGGGAUUUCUUUAAUAUAUUGUUGACAUUUUAGACAAUUUUGGUGCUAAUUACUUUUUUGUGGAUUUUUUAAAUAUCAUAAGCCAAGGCUUCAUCCUAAGGUAAUACCUAUCCUUGUGUCUAACCACUUGCAGAUGUCAGUGUAUUUUUUUCCAAAAAUUGUAAUUUUAUAGUUCUUUUGCAAUUAUCUUAAGAUUUAAAAUAGUGUAUUUCCUAUUUUGGCAUGAAUCCCUCCCCCCCCCCCCAAAAAAGAAAGAUUUAUAUUUUAUUGUAAUUAUUUAAAAAUCUGAUCAUUUUUCUUUGAUAACUUAUGGGAAGUACAGUAUUACAGGAUAAAAUCAGAUGCUAAAAUUUGGAAUUUAAGAUUAAAGCCAAGUCAUUAAUUGGCUAGUCAUGUUAUUGUUUCCUUAACUCAGUUCUGUGUGGCUGUAUAUUGAAACAAGCAUUUCUUUAAAUACACUUUGAAAACAAAACCUGGCUUUAGUGACAUUUGGUUACAGGACCUUUAGACUUUGCACUUCCAUCUCAAAGAUUAUUUGAAUAAAGAAGAAGUAGAUAACAAUCUAGGAAUUCAAAUUAAAUACAAUUAAAAUAGACAGUGGGCAUUUUUCUUUGGAAGGGCACUGCUAACUGAAGUAUGUCAAAUAUUUACUUGUCUGUUUUGUAAAGUUUUUACCCAAUCCAAUUUCACAAUUUUACUCUGUGAGUUCUUAGUAUCUUUCAUCCUGAAACAGAAAAUAAUGAAAAACAUUUAAUUUCUAAAAUCAGAUAAUCCUAAACAAAAAUACUAGUUGGGGCCACAAAAAAAUUACUGUACAUUGGUGUAAGUAUGGGCCUUUUACGAUUUGGCUUUUGGAAAUAAAAACUUUGUAAUAUAUUAUUGUGCUUUUAAUUGGGUGUGAGAUAUUUUUUACAGUAACUUUUAUGAGCUUAAUAUAGGUACAAGUUGUUUGAAAAGUUUCCUCUGUAUAACAUAGAAUUGCAAAGUUUUCAAAAGAACCCAAGAGAGUUUGCAUAUCUGCAUAGGAUAUUAAUAAGCAUAUUCUAAUAUUUCUAAUACUAUCAGAAAUGUAAUUUCUCUUUAAAAUGAAAAGAAAGACAGUAUACAUAGUAAUGACUCUGGUCCCAACAGUGCUUACUAUUGAAAACACAUUAAAAAUAAGUCCUAAUAUAAUAUAGUUCUUGUUUAGUAUACUGCCAGUACUAUGCAUUUCCACAUUAAUGUUAAUGCAUUAAAUUAUAUAAAGAAAUAGAGAAGAUCUUGCUGCUCUUCUUUCUUCAUAUAUUAUUGGCUAGUACAGAAUGCCAUCAAAUCUUUGGGGUUGAUAUGGCAAAAAAAAAAAAAGACACCAGAUUUAGCUAAAAUCUUUUCUUUUA